CUCAUCGCGCCGCCGUGGCGCGACGCGUCGCUGCUCAGCGUGGGCUGCGUACUGGACGAGGCUUUGCGGCUGUUUACGCCGGGGGCGGACGGGGCCGCCGCUCCCACGGCUGCGGCCGCGGCCGGGCUCGGCGCCGAGGGCGGCGGCGGCGGCGCGCUGGGGGCGCCGCUGCCGGCGCUGCUGCUGGACCCGCUGGCGGCGGCGGCGCCGGCGCGAUCCCCGCGGGCGGCCAAGGGGCGCGGGCGGGGCGGCAGGUGA